CAAGAGUAAGUGUUACUCUGUGACCUUCCUGCUGACUGACAGGAUGAAUACCCUCCAGGUUCUGUUUCUCGUGGCGGCCGGCCUCUCUGUCGUCACCUCAAUGGACUACAAGGCCUUGAACCAGUUCAGAAGGAUGAUCCUGUGUGUGAUGCCCGAUAGCUCUCCAAUUUUCGACUACGCUGACUACGGUUGCUACUGUGGAAAGGGAGGCUCCGGCACACCUGUGGAUGAUCUGGACAGGUGCUGUAAAGUGCAUGACAAGUGUUACAGAGAUGCUAGGCAACACCCUGAGUGCUGGCCCAUCCUUGACAAUCCCUUCAUCGAAUUAUACAGCUACAGCUGUGACAACAAGAAGGUCUCCUGCGGCAGCAACAACGACGAAUGUGAGAUGUUCAUCUGUGAGUGCGACAGGAAGGCCGCAGAGUGUUUUGGCAGAAGCCCCUGGCUCCCGGAGAACGAGCACCUUCCUAGCGACCGUUGUCAGUGA